GGCCACGAACAGCCAUCAGUCCACCGGGGCUGUUGGGCCUGCCAGCGGGCCAUUUUGUGGCUCUCCUGUGUCUGUCUGGUCUCCUGAUCUCUGAAACAAUGAAGAUCAGGCGGUGUUGACUCUGAAGCUCAUGUCCCAUCAGCCAUAAUGGAGCUACCUGAUUAUCACCCACAGCAGCCACUUGUCCACUACACUGGCAAUUACACAGAGGAUCCGUUAACUUUGGAAGGAUCAUCAACAUCUCAGGAAUUAAAGGCAGAACCAGAUGGCAGACCAGUACCAGAAGAGAGCUGUCCCAUCUGUGGAGACAAAGUGUCAGGAUACCACUAUGGACUGCUCACUUGUGAAAGCUGCAAGGGCUUCUUUAAACGCUCAGUGCAGAAUAACAAGCAUUACACCUGUGCAGAACAACAGAGCUGCACCAUGAACCUUUCGCAGAGGAAACGCUGUCCUUUCUGCCGCUUCCAAAAGUGUUUGGCAGUGGGCAUGAAAAGAGAAGCAGUAAGAGCAGAUCGUAUGAGAGGUGGCAGGAAUAAAUUUGGCCCUCUGUACCGGCGGGACAGGCAGAUGAAACAGCAAAAGGUGUAUCACCAGCCAAACACUGCUCCCUACAGGAUUAGGAUGGAAACCACUCAAACACAUCGGCCCACAGCACCAAGUGAGCAUCACCUAAUGGGCAGUCACACAAGUGCUCCAUUUUCCUCUGAUGCUUUACAUCAGUCCCACAUAUAUCCCUCUGGCAUGGGGCAGUCGGGUGCUCCCAUGCCUCUGGACUGCACUAUGAAUGCAGACAGGGUGCUCACCCCUCUCUCGCUGCCCUACUCUGGACUGUACCACCGCACCUUCACCGGAUACCUCCAGGAGAAAGGAGAGAUGCCUUACAGCUACAGCCCGGCUCCAACAAACUAUGUGCACCCAAUUUCGGACAAUUCAUUCACACCAAGAAGCACACCAGCAUCAUCCCCCUGCUCAACACUAAGCUCAUCCACCCCUUUCUCACAGGCUCCCACCCAAACCCCAGACACCCCCUCAUCGGCCACUCUUAAACACAACUUCCUCAAUCAACUCCUGGAGGGGGAGCAGGAUGAGAGCCAGCUGUGUGCUAAGGUCCUCGCCAGUCUGCAGAGAGAACAGGCCAACCGGGGCAAGCACGACCGCCUAAAUACAUUCAGCGUCAUGUGCAAGAUGGCAGACCAGACGUUGUUUGGGCUUGUGGAGUGGGCUAGGAACAGUGCACUCUUCAAGGAGCUCAAGGUGGAGGACCAGAUGGUGCUGCUGCAGAGCUGUUGGAGUGAGCUGCUGGUCCUGGAUCACCUUUGUAGACAGGUGAUCUACAGCAAAGAGGGCUGCAUAUAUCUGGUCACUGGACAACAGAUUGAGGUGUUGACCGUCAUCUCUCAGGCAGGAGUGACACUGAGUAGCCUGGUAUCAAGGACCCAGGACUUAGUGUCCAAACUGAAGGCAUUCCAGUUGGACAGACAUGAGUUCAUCUGUCUCAAACACUUAGUGCUAUUCAACCCUGAUGUGAAGUCAGUGCAGAGCCGCAAGCAGGUGGAGCAGACGCAAGAGAGGGUGAACAGGGCCCUGAUGGAGCACACCCAACAGAGUGAUCCAAGACACUCGGACAAGUUUGGCCAGCUGCUGCUACGACUUCCUGAAGUACGCAGCAUUAGCUUGCAGGUUGAGGAGUAUUUGUACCAGCGCCAUCUUCUGGGAGAUUUGCCAUGCAACUCUCUACUCACUGAGAUGCUGCACACCAAGCACAGCUGAGAAGAUGCUGCUGUAUCUUCAAGCCCUCUUCAAACAGCGGCACAGUCAGAGUGUGCUGCUGUGAAUUUUUGUACCUCCCUUUAGGCCCAACUUUCGAUGAUUGUUGCAAAUAGUAACUGGCAUGCUCUCUUUAAAAGCCCACUUCAAAAAUAUUUUGAAAAAACAUUUUGUAAACCUGCGUCAUACUUACCCAAGUGUCCAUUAUCAACAGUAUUACCACAGCCGAACAGUCCAGUCAACAUAUGUUGCUGUCAGUAUUGUUAGACAGAUUUGAGGUCCAAGCACUACCAAUAGGCAGAAGUGCUUAACUGUGUAAAAACAAAAUAUCUGAAUAAAGAAACCAAUGUGUAUUCAACACCCAUAACUGAA